UUUUUCUGCUGGGCUCUAGCUUUCCCUCGCGCAGUGAUACGCGGUGCUUGCGCGGAGGAGUGAAGCGUCCCGCGACACACUGACGCCAGGCGAAAGCAGAUCCGGUCGGUUCGGAUGAACGCUUCGUGCUCAGGGAGGAGGCGCAGGAGGUCAGCUGGAUAUCCGGGUCCGUUAUUGGCACCGUUUCCUGCUCUGCCGGUGUUUGCGUUUGUGCGAAGCCUUUCUGAGGUAUCUCUUCCGUAAAAGAAAAAAAAAAAACAAGAAACCAGCCAGGGCUUGGGACCCAACGCAGGAUGAACGUCACGUCGCUGUUUUCCUUCACCAGCCCAGCGGUGAAGCGGCUGCUGGGCUGGAAGCAGGGCGACGAAGAGGAGAAGUGGGCCGAGAAGGCUGUAGACGCGCUCGUCAAGAAGCUGAAGAAGAAGAAGGGUGCCAUGGAGGAGCUGGAACGCGCUCUCAGCUGCCCCGGCCAGCCCAGCAGCUGCGUGACCAUCCCGCGCUCGCUGGACGGACGACUGCAGGUGUCGCAUCGUAAAGGGUUACCGCAUGUCAUCUACUGCCGCGUGUGGCGCUGGCCUGACCUGCAGUCGCACCACGAGCUCAAAGCACUCGAGUGCUGCCAGUUUCCUUUCGGAUCCAAGCAGAAGGACGUGUGCAUCAACCCGUACCACUACAAAAGGGUGGAUAGCCCAGUUCUGCCACCGGUCCUGGUGCCUCGAAACAGCGAGUUUAAUGCCAAGCUGUCCAUGCUGCCACGCUUUCGCAACCCGCUGCACCAGACGGAGCCACACAUGCCCCACAACAUUAAAUACCCGGAGUCGUUCACGCAGCAGCCGGGCAACAGCAUACCGUUCGGCCCCAACUCGCCCUCCAACAGCUACCCAGGCUCGCCCAACAGCGGCACGGCGAGCACCACAACCACCACCACCAAUACCAACACCACCUUUCCACACUCACCUGGCAGCUCUGAGCCCAGCAGCCCCUUCCAGAUGCCAGAAACUCCGCCGCCUGCGUAUAUGCCCCCUGAGGAGCCAAUGACACAGGACUGUCCCCAGCCAAUGGACACCAACCUGCUGGCCCCCAACCUGCCACCAGAGAUCAACAACCGGACAGACGUGCAUUCGGUGGCGUACGCUGAACCCAAGCACUGGUGCUCCAUCGUGUACUACGAGCUGAAUAACCGGGUCGGAGAAGCUUUCCUGGCGUCCUCGACCAGCGUCCUGGUGGAUGGCUUCACCGAUCCGUCCAACAAUCGCAACCGCUUCUGCCUGGGCCUGCUGUCUAACGUCAACCGCAACUCCACCAUCGAGAACACACGCAGGCACAUCGGCAAAGGCGUGCACUUGUAUUACGUAGGAGGCGAGGUGUACGCCGAGUGCCUGAGCGACAGCAGCAUCUUCGUGCAGAGCCGCAACUGCAACUACCACCACGGCUUCCAUCCCACCACCGUGUGCAAGAUCCCAAGCGGCUGCAGCCUCAAGAUCUUCAACAACCAGGAGUUCGCCGAGCUGCUCGCCCAGUCGGUCAACCACGGCUUCGAGGCCGUGUACGAGCUCACCAAGAUGUGCACCAUCCGCAUGAGCUUCGUCAAGGGCUGGGGAGCUGAAUACCAUCGGCAGGACGUGACCAGCACCCCCUGCUGGAUCGAGAUCCACCUCCACGGUCCGCUGCAGUGGCUGGACAAGGUUCUCACGCAGAUGGGCUCUCCUCACAACCCCAUUUCCUCUGUGUCCUAAACACUCCGCUGCCGGGUUGGUGGAGAGGGGAGGGAGUGGGGUUAAUGAUGGGGGCGGGGUGAAGCGGUCGUAUAUGAUUUGACUGGCAACGGGAAAAGAGGCCAGUCAGUGAACAUCUGGAAGAUACUUGAUAACUCUGUGACCAAUCGUAUUCAUUGAUCAGGCCAUCGUACUCGUUGCAAGUAUCCUCCAUCGGUCUUGUGACAGCAGGCGCUUUCCUAUUACACAUUUUUCUCCUUUUUUUUCCCUUUCGUUUGCAAAAAUACGUCAGUAUUCCAGCGAAGGGGGGAGGGACUUGUGUAGGUACAGUAGAAGAGGUUAUGCGACGUGACUGACCUGCUUAGAGAUAAAAUGGAAAAAAAUAAAAGUCCAUAAUUGUAGACAUGAUGAACUUUCUAGAAAAGCGUCUGUGCCGUGUAGAGCAGAAUGUAUUACCAUUUUUAUGCUCUUUUUGUUUUUGCAAGAAAAUGUAGCAAAAAUGACAAAAAUAAAUAAAUCUAGAGUGGAGAAAGAGAAAAAAAUGGAGAUUUGGAUGCGAGCGAUUAAAGGUGUUGUAAAGGGAAAACGGUGUACGGAUUAAAAGGCAUGAUGUUCGUAGAGAACGAGCGCACACUGGAAGGUAGACUGGAAAAAAACGCUCUACUUUUAUUGCAUCCAGUUGAUUUCAUAUGAUUUUUAAAGGUAGUGUAAAAAGUAGAUGUGCUGAUUUUUAGAGAAAAUGCUGUGCAGUCUGUUUUUAUUAGUAUUUUAUUUCUUUUUUUUUUUCCCCAAGAAAGAGUAAUAAGUGUUAUUAUAAUAAUAGGCAAAAGGCAAGCACUGGUCAUCUAAUUCCUAAUGGAAAUGUGUCUUUUUUCCUUAAAUCUUUAUUAUAAUGAAUUAAGACACCGAAGUCUGUUCUCUUUAAUGAAACUGGAACGACACACGGCUCCAGCAGGUUGCUCUUGAGGACGAAGAAAGCCGUUUAUAACAAAGCUUAAAAAAAAAAAAAUGAAAUAAAGAUCGAAGUUAAUCUCAGCAUGGAAUUAGCAAGGAAUAUUCUAAUCACCGGAUGAUACUGAAGUUAAAGUAUAAGUAAGAUGACAGAGUCGUAGUUUUCUCCUCCUCCUGCAGUAAACGUCAGAACCGAGAACAGAGCACUGACUUCUGUGUAGCUUUCAAACCUAAAUACGGAAAAAAAAAAAACACACGAUUCCUUUCGGUUCAUCCUGUUUUUCUCACCAUGGCAACCGCUAGCUUGUAAUAAUAAAAAGGGGAUUAAACAAACUGAUGUUUACAUAUAGAAAUACAACAGAAAACUAACCUGAAAUUAAAUGAUCUCAUUAUUCAUUGUUUUUAAUGAAAAUCUCUGGGUAGGCGGGGCAUGUUCUCUGUCGUCUGUCAAUCACAGCGACAGCAGCCAAUGACGAGGCGUCGUGGAUGUGGAAAAGAGGCCGAUCCAAAAAAUAAAAAAAUAAUUGUAGUAUUUAAUUUUUUUAAAUAGUUUUCCACCAAGAUCCUAAAAUAAUCUUGAAUAAUAAUAAUAAUAAUAAUAAUUAUUAUUAUUAUUAUUAUUAUUAUUAUUAUUAUUAUUCCACAUUAUUAGACCACAGCUAAAACUACACAUCACUGAUUUACACCUGGGUUAGAAAGAGAAUAAAAUCUCUCUCUCACACACACACACACGACUGAUCAGUGCAUUAAACGGGAAAUGAAUUUCAAUUGCAUUCCAUUGAACGUGUUUUUCCUCGUUCCUCGUACAUAGGGUUCAUACAGAACAUGCAGUAUAUUUUUUUCCACACCAUAAUUACUAAAUAAAUAAAUAUGCAUGAGCAGAUAAUUUAAUGUGCCAGACCCUCAGUGAUUAGAGCAAACCUUCUUCAUGGGGUAACAAGGGUUUUUUUUGUUUUGUUUGUUUUUAAAUAUUUAGAUUUUAAGGAGGUUAGUAAACUUUCAGCGAUAAACAGACUGUCAUCAUUAUCAUCAGCAGGAGCAGCAGCAGCUCUAUUUUCUUGCUCCACAGGUUUCCUCCACAAGUCGGUCCCCGGAUUUAACAAGUCUGUAUCGAAUCUGUUUUGCAAUACAGAGAACGCGAUUGUGGGUAAACGUCCAGUCGUGUCACAAGUCGUGUCUCAACCGUUUAACAGCACAACGCAAGGAUGUUACGGCUGUGUAUAAAAUUCUUACAGCUUUAUUCCACUUAUACAGCAGUUAGCGUUUUCUUACUUUAACAUAUUCAUUUUAUACACUGAGCUCACUUAGGAAGGUAACUUACAUUUUAGACUUUUACACAGAUGUUCCUUCACAAGCCUGUUUUUUUUUUCUCUCUCUCUUUGUGUCCUGUGAUACGGCUCUGUGUUAAGACACAUUUUGAUCAACGUAUGAAAACAGAAAGUAGCCCAGGAACCAAACAUAGACAAAACUUGCUUGUUGGAAAAGCCAGUGAGUUUGUAGAAUAAUUUCUCUGAGACAUUUCCUGACACAUUCAUUCUUUCCUUUUUUGCUUUUUGCUGACAGCUCUGCAAACAUCUAAAGCUCACACACCCUACACAUCAGACCCUGGGAGCCCUUGUAUAAUGAUUUACUCGUCCAUGAAUUUUACCACAUGUAAAUAGGUUUUUUAAAAAUAAAUGAAAUGAUGUAUUUCAGUGGACACUGUAAACUCACAACCUUCUGAUCAAGAGCAUGCGGAAAUUGGAAAUUUGGAAAUUUUAGACCCCAAUCCAAAUAAAGUGCAGCUUUAUAACACACUGAGAUUUUAACGAUUAUCACUUCACGGGUGGAACUUUUGACCCUAUGAUACUUUAUUACUGAGUUAUUCAUCAUUAAAGCAACAGUUGUGAGUCUUGCCUUUUAAAAAUAUUUUAAAGAAAAAAAAACUGAUUUAAUUCGGUUUAUUUCUAAAUAGCACUAUUUGAUUUUUUUGUAAAAAAAAAAAAUAUAUAUAUAUUUUUGAUUAACUUUCUUUUUUUAAUUCAAGAGAAAUCCCAUCCUAUGUUGUUGUUGUUGAUGUUUUUUUAUUUUUAUUUUUUAUGUGCACUUUUCCAUGUGGCUUCGUGUCUUUGUUUGCGUCUUCCUUUCUUUUUUUGUGCUGUUGUUGCUGUGUAGUGUUUUCCAGAAAGCAGUUUUAGCCAUGAUUAUCAGAACUCUACUGGAAGAUACAAUAAUAAAAUUGUUUCAGUAUAA